CCAUGUCACAUGACGAACGUUUACAAACCAAGCCGGAAGUGGACUGAACUGACGCACGUCUACGGAAACAGCUGAGCAAGGGCCCCAAAACACAAAACAUCAGACAGUAUUUUACUCUCAAUUAAAGCUGGAUCAAGAUGACUACACCUGAAAAAUACCCUCGGUCUUCUAUUGAAGAUGAUUUCAACUAUGGGACAAACGUUGCGACUGCGAGUGUGCAAAUCCGAAUGGAUUUCCUGCGCAAGGUGUACACCAUCCUGUCCCUUCAGAUCAUCCUGACCACGGCUACCUCUGCUCUCUUCAUGUUCUGUGACACCAUCAAGGACUUUGUCCAUUCAAGUCCAGCUGUAGUGUUGGUGUCAGCCAUCGGCUCCCUGGUGUUGAUCGUUGCCCUAGCCUUCUACAGACAUCAACACCCCAUUAACCUAUACCUGCUUGCCGCAUUCACUCUGUUGGAGUCCGUCUCUGUUGCUACCGCAGUGACCUUCUAUGAGUACUCCAUCGUGCUCCAGGCCUUCUUCCUCACAGCAGCGGUGUUCCUUGGGCUGACUGCCUACACCUUCCAGUCUAAGAGAGACUUCAGUAAACUGGGAGCUGGACUGUUCUCUGGCCUGUGGAUCCUGAUCAUCGCUGGUUUCAUGAAGCUCUUCUUCCAGAACGACACGGUGGAGCUGGUGUUUGCCGGUGCAGGUGCUCUGUUGUUCUGUGGUUUCAUCAUCUAUGACACCCACCUCCUGAUGCACCAGCUGUCCCCCGAGGAGCACGUCCUAGCCUCCAUUAACCUGUACCUGGACAUCGUUAACCUCUUCCUGCACAUCCUCCGCAUGCUGGACUCCAUGAAGAAGAACUGAGCUUCUGUUACAUAUUUAGUGCACUACACACUAUUCCCUGUUUAGUGCACUACACGCUAUUGGGCUCUGGGUGAAAAGUAGUGCACCAUGAAGGGGAAUCGUUUGUGGUUUGCGACGCACCCUAUUAGUGUUUACUGUUGCUUAGCGCACAGGGCGACUUGGGAUCGAUUCAUUUCUCAAUUCAGUACAUUUUCUUGAAUUUAGAAAAUCCUCAUAGAAAAGAAAUGGGCAUUUUAUCGAUUCACGUCCUGAAUUGAAAACUGAUUUGCCUCCCAAACUCUGAUAGCCAACCCUGCUGUAGAUCCUACCAGUGAAUGUGAAACGCUGACCCGCCAUCUAAGUUUAACCCCGGGAAUAAUAUUAUUAUUACAUUUUUGUUUUAGCAUUUCUGGAACUUGAUGUGUUUUAGAUUUAUGCUGUUCGUUCUGUUCUGUUUAUUAUCCUGAAUGUUUAAAAAUAAUAAUGUUUAAUUGUGGGUGCUCGCUCAGUGAAUGAUACCUUUCUGAAUAUUCAAGCAUACGGAUUGUGUAAGGUUGUUUUGGGUGAUGGUGUAAAAUAGCAGAACACAUUUUUUGGGGGAAAUACUUUAGUCUAACUUCCAUCCGCUAGCUUGCUGGUAUUCUUCUGAAUUUCAACACAUAAAAACAUCCCUUAGUUAGUCUCCAUAAUAAUAGAUAAAUACACUCAUUGGCCAGUGUAUUAGGUCCAUCUGGUACCGGGUCGGACCCCCAGUGUAUUAGGUCCAUCUGGUACCGGGUAGGACCCCCAGUGGAUUAGGUCCAUCUGGAACCGGGUCGGACCCCCAGUGUAUUAGGUCCAUCUGGUACCGGGUCGAACCCCAAGUGUAUUAGGUCCAUCUGGUACCGGGUCGAACCCCCAGUGUAUUAGGUCCAUCUGGUACCGGGUCGGACCCCCAGUGUAUUUGGUCCAUCUGGUACCGGGUCGGACCCCCAGUGUAUUUGGUCCAUCUGGUACCGGGUCGUCCCCCCAGUGUAUUAGGUCCAUCUGGUACCGGGUCGGACCCCCAGUGUAUUAGGUCCAUCUCUAACCAUUUUCGUGAACGGGGUGGUGUACCUAAUAAACUGGCCACUGAGUGUAGAGAUCUGAUCAUUCUAGAAAGACUUAAAUAGUAGUCACAGUAAAGUUUUAUAAAAUACAGUAUUCUGCACUAUAGACUUAACCAGGACACCUGAGAAAAUGUAUCAAACAUAGCACCCUAUUCCCUAUGUAGUGCACUACUUUUGACCAGUGGCAGCGUCCCAAACUGCACCCUAUUCCCUAUGUAGUGCACUACUUUUGACCAGAGCCCCUAUGAGUCAUUUUGGGACGGAGCUUUGAUAUGCCAGCAAACAAGAGGGAUUGCUCUUGGACCGGGAAACAUGUUCAACCAGUUAGCUAUUUAUAGUAGAAUAACACCACGUCAGUUGUCAGGAUAAAGGGAAUCUGAAGAACACUACAGAUUUGGAUAAUAAGAGGUCUCCAUUUGAGAUCAUGUAAAUACUAUGAAGGGAUUUUCACUAGGCUCUAUAUUAUGUUUCUGCAGUCAUUCAUUUAUUAACAAGCCCGCAAGUGCAAUACCAAGUUGUCAGGUGGAGAGCAGAGUAGUUGCACGUCUAUUUGGUGACCUGUGAAUGCACUGUCAAUUGUACAUGCUUUGAUUUCGUUUCUUGAUUAAAUUGUGGAGUUGAGUGUUUUAAA